UAAACAACGGACAAUUACCACUUGGUUGGAGAAUAAAGGAUCCAAAACAACUGAAUCCAGAAGCCUUCAAAGUAAAAUCAAUAACAAUACUGAAGAAAAUACCAAGAUGACUUCUGUUAAAAAAGAAAAUGCUUGUGAGCAUGAUGAUAAACAGUUAGAGAAUAUUUGCCAGCAAAAUUAUCCAGAAAUAUCUGGGGAGGUUGGUACAAAGCACGUAAGUUUGCCUCAGACAGGCAGCAUGUGUAACUGGGAGGCUGAGGGCAGAGAUCUGGACUCGGACAGGGUGUCUGUGAAGGCAGAACAGACUGAAGAGGCUUUUAAAAAUGCCAACAUGGAUCAGAUGCACAGAACUGGCAAGGAGGCUCAGAGACGGUGCGAGGACAGUGGUGACAUUUGGACUCAGAGGAAAAGAUCGUCCGGCCAGUCCUUGAGAACGGGGAACACAAAGCUUUGUUCAAAAGAUCCUGAGACGGAUGGGCAGGUGGGUCUGUGCGGCUCUCAGAAGCUGAAGAGCUGCGAUUCUGUUGAUGCAGGUGAACAAGAAGAAGGGGAUGUAGUUCCAGAAAGCCCACUUUCAGAUACUGGUUGCGAUGCUUGCGUGUCCCGUGUUGGAGGCCAUGAGAAACUGAGCAAAUGUCGGAGUAGUUCAGGGGAUUCACCUGCUUUUGAGAAAGAAAGUGAGCCAGAAUCACCCAUGGAUGUCGACAAUUCCAAAAACAGCUGUCACGGGUCGGAGGCCGAUGAGGAAACGAGUCCACUUCUCGAUGAGCGAGAGGAGAAUAAUAUGGCCAAACCUAUAAACAAAUCUUAUAGAAUUCAAUAUGGGGAUGUGGAACUGGAGUCGAGGAAAUCACGGUUUUCUACUAAGGGUUGUGAAGGCUUUGAGGGAAUGGAUAAUUCUGUCAAGGAUGAUGGUCUGCAUAUAAAACCACCUGGGAUGUCUCCUGCUCCAACGUUGGAAAGCAAAGGUGCAAAACCAGGAGCGAAGAAAGACUCCAAAAUCACCUCUCAUUUCAUGAGGAUACCUAAAACGGAAGAGAAAAGGAAAGAUAAGUGCGAAUUCAAACCUCAGAGAGCAGGAAGGAAGAUCCCUAAGUAUGAGCCACCACCUCUUCCAACUAAUAAGAAGUGGUUUGGGACGCCAAUUGAAGAGAUGAGGAGAAUGCCCAUGUGUGGGGCUCGUCUUCCACACCUGAGACCUUCAGCCAAUCAUACAGUAACUGUCAGGGUAGACCUUCUGAAGGAAGGAGAGGUGCCUAAACCGUUUCCAACUCACUACAAAGAUUUGUGGGACAACAAACAUGUUAAAAUGCCCUGCUCAGAACAAAACCUGUACCCUGUAGAGGAUGAGAAUGGAGAUAGAACUGCUGGAAGUAGAUGGGAAUUAAUCCAAACUGCCUUACUCAACAAAUUUACGUGCUCUCAUGAUUUGAAGGAGGCUAUUCUGAGAUACAAUGUUGCUUAUGCCAAGAAGUGGGACUUCACAGCUCUCACUGAUUUCUGUGACAAGGUUCUUGAAGAUGCAGAGGCCCAGCAUUUAUUCCAGUCCAUUCUUCCUGAUAUGGUCAAGCUGGCACUCUGUCUCCCUACCAUCUGCACACAGCCAAUACCUCUACUGAAACAAAAGAUGAAUCACUCCAUCACAAUGUCACAGGAACAAAUUGCUAGUUUUUUGGCCAAUGCUUUCUUCUGUACUUUUCCACGUCGCAAUGCGAAGAUGAAGUCUGAGUAUUCUAGUUAUCCAGACAUUAACUUCAACAGAUUGUUUGAAGGACGGUCACCAAGGAAGCCUGAGAAACUGAAGACCCUUUUCUGCUAUUUUAGAAGAGUCACAGAAAGAAAACCGACAGGAUUGGUGACAUUUACAAGGCAGUGUCUCCAAGAAUUUCCAGACUGGGAAAGAUCUCAGAAAAAGCUGUCCAGAUUGCAUGUCACCUAUGAGGGCACUAUUGAAAGCAAUGGACAAGGUAUGCUACAGGUUGAUUUUGCAAACCGUUUUGUUGGCGGUGGUGUCACCGGGGCAGGACUUGUACAGGAAGAAAUUCGGUUUUUAAUCAACCCAGAGCUGAUUGUAUCAAGGCUCAUCACUGAAGUAUUGGAUCACAAUGAAUGCCUUAUCAUCACAGGUACUGAGCAGUACAGUGAGUAUACAGGCUAUGCAGAAACUUACCGGUGGGCAAGAAGCCAUGAAGAUAAGACCCCAAGGGACGAGUGGCAGCGGCGCUACACUGAAAUUGUUGCCAUAGAUGCGUUUCACUUCCGACGUUUCCUUGAUCAGUUUGGCCCAGAGAAAAUAAGAAGAGAGCUCAACAAGGCCUACUGUGGCUUCUCUAGACCCAAUGUUCCACCGCAAAACCUCUCUGCGAUAGCCACAGGAAACUGGGGAUGUGGUGCCUUUGGAGGGGACUCCAGACUGAAAGCCUUAAUACAGAUACUGGCAGCUGCUGAGGCUGGGCGUGAUAUUGUUUAUUUUACCUUCGGAGAUGUGGAGCUGAUGCGAGAUAUUUACAGUAUGCAUACUUUUCUCUGUGAGAAGAACCAAACUGUUGGGGACAUUUAUAGGCUGCUACUCAGAUACUACAAUGAAGAAUGCAGAACCUGUUCUACUUCAGGACCAGAAGUCAAGCUGUACUCUUUCAUAUAUAACACCAUCGAAUCCUAUGCAGAUUCUACAGAUGAUGAUGAAGAAAAAGGGUUGUGCUUUGAAGAUUAAGAUAAAUGUGUUUAAUCAGAAUAUGGUUCAACUCCUCCCACUCGUAUAUUGUUGGAGUUGCUGAGCGGAAAGUAUGAAUUGGAUAACUUAAUAUAUAUUGAUUGGUAGUUAUCAAACAUCCAAACAUCAACCUUUGAGAGGUGAGAUAUCUUGUUCGAUGGCUUCAUACAUGGAAACCUUGUUCGUGUGUGUACAGAAAGGAUUUAUCUGGUGCGUCUGGUUUACUUUACACCUUGUUUAGCAGGAGAUUUUCUAAAUGCUUGUAUUUCAAGGUGUUGCUGAAAGACUUCAGAAGACUUGUCUGUAUCUGGACUUCUUGCUAAGCAUAGAGUGCUGGAGUACAUGGAGCCAUAUAACCCCCAGAAUGAUUUUAGGGAGAAACAUUGUAAUUAUCGUUCUUAUUGAAAGUUGUAACUAUUUGAUUACCUCCUUAAGACCGCCACGGUACUUUCAUUGUUCCUAUCAAAACUUUCAUACAUUUAGCUUAAAAAGUCCUGGUUUUAAUACACUUCGUAAUGAAUGGCUAAAUGUGAAGAUUCCGGAGCAGUUAUAAUGCUUUUCAGAACUACAUUAUCUUGGUUAAAUUAGCAAAGAUUAUCAUGAAGAAACAGAAUCUAAAGAACAGACGGGUGGGAAAAUGAGUUAUGUGAUCAGAGUUAGAAUCAGAAGGAAACGUUCAUUUAAAACCAUUUUGUUGGUGCUAUCUGUUACAACACUGAGCAGGGUCAUAAGAUAUUAGUAUACAUCACGUUCCUCAAGGAUCACUGUUGGCAACUUCAUUUGAAUUAAGGUCUGCUGUACUUUUGUUGAUAUUCUCGUAUCAGUUCUCCCUUAUUGCGUUAUGUGAGCAUUAGAUCCCCGUGGGAUAACACAUGGGAACCACCUGCAUAUCAGCAGGAGGAAAGCCCAGGUUACAGAUAAGAACAUAAGGUCUUGUGAGGAAUUUGGACCUAUAUCGUCUUAGGCGUGGGGAUGGUAACAGUGGAGAGAGGUCAAAGGAUCUGUAAGUACUGUGCUUUUAGCGUCUCUGUGCACACCAAGUUAUUGUUUCUGUAGUACGUAAAUGUUUUACACAAAACUACAGAUAAACAGGUGGAAAAAUCUUUCUAGGUCUGCAUAUACGGCCAAUUCAAUGAAAUGUUUUCUGUUAGUAAUUAAACCCAAUUUAAGUUUAGGCCAAAAUUGCUCAGUUUAACCUCUUCUGUAUAUCAGAUCUGUCUGGUCUGAGCCAUGAUAGUAACAACAGCAGGAAAUGUAGUUUGCUAUGGCUCUAGUAUCAGCAAAUCCUUUUGGUUGGUGUCCAAUAAAACAUCUCCAAGCCUGAAACGUGACCUACAGAUUAAAUAGUGGAAGCUGUUGGUCAUCUGGCUGGCGGUAAAGCACUCGCUGCUCGAGCCUCUGUGGUGGAAGAGCAGUAGCAAAUUGUUUGAGUUGUUUACAGUUGAGUUCAGGGUGCUGCGCCAUGGCACCAGUGCUGCAGUGGACCACUGGGAAGCAUUGUUUCAAAUGUACCACACAGCAGCUUGGCUGAUUUAGUCCUGUUAUUCCUGCAGGCUUUGGUUUUCUUCACACACAUCCAUGAUAAGGAAAAGGUUUACGAUGGAAUUUCAGGCCCGUUGUGGUGUUUGCAACUUGUAUCCUGUAAUUCUGCAGAAACCUAUUCUCCUGCUCCUUGUGUUUUCACGUUGGCUGAGACUCUGGCGAUGAGAGAACUUCUAGAUAUAGUACUGGCAUCAAAUGUGCCUGACUGAUUAAGGGUCGUGACACAACUUUGGUGCUACCUGCCACAUCUCCACUGUACUACUCAGGAUUUCCUAUAGAAAAGGUGAACAGAAUUUGUUCCUAACCAACUGGAAGAAAAUACAGCAAAAAAGCUUUAGGUGGUUAGAUGGGACUUCCCCUUUAUCGCAAAUAAAGCAUCUUUAUUAGUGCAAUAUUUAUUUUUGUGGUGAGGGGAAAUGAUGGUUUUGUUUAUGAAAAAAGUACUAAGUAAGAUGGCUUAAUAUUUUAGUUUGGCUCUAGGAACAGGAAGAAAUAUGUAUUUAGUUUUGGGAGGAUUCUCUGAAGCUCAUAUAAUAGACUGUUCAGUUACAUUUUAGGAGCGUCAGCUAUUCCUAGGAUCUUCCCUUGUUCUGUCAGCUUUAUUUUCACUGAUCCUGGAGACCUUUGAAACAAGAAAGAACAGCUUCUGGGAUUGGUCUUCAGGAUGUGUUUCCCAUACACUUUUUCCUAUGAAAUGUGACUGUCUGGAUGGGAGAAAAAGUCAAUUUAUUGUUUCAUGUCAUUUGAUUAAGAAUGGUCUAUCCCCCAUCCUGCCUUGUGUCCCUGAAGGGCAGCACUGUAAGAAUGCUUGGAAUAUGACUUUGGUUGCAGGCUGGAGAUAACAGUUUUUCACAGCUUGGUUUUGUUUUUUGGACGAUAAAAAGCAGAGAGUUGAAGAGUUACCAAUGAUGUUAAAUUGCCAUGGCUUUGGAAUUCAGUGAGUGCUGCAGUGCCCAGAGUGCUGUGUGGGGAGGGAGGAGUUUGGAAUGAACCCAACACAUACCGUACUUUUACCACUCUCCAUUUAUAACCUACCUGAAGUGUUUUCUUUAGCUGCAGAUAUGUUUUGGUGCUCUGUUGGAGAUAGAAUGGAACAGGAGGCCAGAUGCUCUUUGCAGCCUAGCGAGCUCCAUCUCCACACUUCUCAAUACCUACAAACCUGUUUAUGGAGUAUUGUUCUUUUCUUUUUUGUAAUGACUUUAAGGAUGUUUGUUAUAUGUUUUCAGGUAAAAAUAAACUUCCUACCAAAACUAUUGUUUUAUAUUUGUUUUAGCAGCUAAACUGAGUGCUUAGUGUGAAACAACAGGCAGUCAUUUAGAUUGCAGCGUUGCCUCCGUGUAGAGUUUGGUGUUGGAGUGCUGCUGUUUGUUCUACAGCUCUGGCACCUAAACUCCUCAGUUAUGAGGUGUUCUUACGAGUACCUGUUUCUGUAUAUAUUAAUUUAUAAACUUGAUGAGUCGUUCCUGACGUUCUUCUAAACUCCAGUUUAUGCAUCAUUAUAUUCUAUUGAUUUUUCUGGAUCUGUAUGCUGAUGUUUACAUGAUUUUUGUAGGAAUACAAUUAAUAAAACCUGAUUGAAGCCA